AUGCUCUCCUACGGUCCGGAGGGCGUCAAAGGACUCCUCAGUUCAGGCUUCGUCUUUGGUGCUGCCUUCCUUGCAUCUCUCGGUGGCUUCUCCUUUGGAUACGACCAGGGCGUGAUCUCUAUCAUCAACGUGAUGGACCAGUUCCAUGAAGCCAUUCCGGGGACUGAGUCAGCCUUUGGGAAAGGUUUCAUGACAGGCAUGUUGCUACUCGGUGCUUUCGUGGGCUGUCUUUACAUGCCUUACCUGGUCGACAAACUCUCCAGGAAAUGGGCUUUGACAUUGGUCGUGGUCAUAUUCGACAUCGGUGCUAUCAUCCAGACUAGUGCCCAGAACUACGGCAUGCUAGUCGCAGGAAGAGCCAUUGGCGGCAUGGGUGUUGGCACACUGGCCAUGGGCGCCCCGUUGUAUAUUUCCGAAAUCUCACCACCAAACCUGCGAGGAACGUUGUUGGUAUUGGAGUCCGUCUCGGUUGUUUCAGGCGUGGUUAUCGCUUAUUGGAUCACGUUCGGAACAAGAUUGAUCGAAAGCGAGGUCUCGUUUCGCCUUCCCUUCGGCCUUCAGAUGGUCAGCGCCACUUUCCUUGGAAUAUUCAUCCACUUCUUCCCCUAUUCGCCACGUUGGCUGGCUCUUGUGGACCGCCACGACGACUGCCUGAAGAGUCUCAGCAAGCUGCGUGGACUACCGCAGACAGACGAGAGAGUCCAAGCCGAGUUUAGAGACAUCGUCACCGAGGUUAAGUUUCAACAACUCAUUGAGGAGCGACAGCACACCGGAGCGUCGGGAGUCAAGCGAGAAGCACUUAUCUGGCUGAGCAUCUUCAAUCGGCGAACCUGGAAACGAACCAUCGUUGGCUGCGGUGUGGCAUUCUUCCAGCAAUUCCUCGGGAUAAAUGCGUUCAUUUAUUACGCUCCGACCCUAUUCGAAUCGAUCGGUCAAACCGGAGAUAUGUCUUUGAUCCUCUCAGGUGUUUUCAACUGUCUUCAGCUGGUCACUGUCAUCGUCUGUUUCUUUAUCAUCGACAAAGUUGGUCGUCGACCACUGGCCAUCUUCGGUGGUUUUGGCACUUGCGCGUGUUAUAUUGCCAUCGCCGCUUUAUCUGCAGUUUAUGGGCAGGAUUGGUCCGUCAAUACAGCGGCAGGCUGGGCAUGCGUUGCUAUGGCGUUCCUAUUCAUUCUCAUUUUCGGAGUCUCCUACUCGCCUCUCGGAUGGGCGCUUCCCUCGGAAGUCUUUCCCAACGCAAUUCGCUCAAAGGGUGUCGCCUUGUCUACUUGCGUCAACUGGCUAUCUAAUUUUGUCGUGGGUGUCAUCACGCCACCAAUGAUGAGUGACAUCGGCUACCGCACUUACAUCUUCUUUGCGGUUUGGUGUUUCCUUGCCGGAAUUUGGGCCUUCUUCCUGGUUCCCGAAACGAGUAAAAAGACACUGGAGCAGAUUGACGAGGUGUUUGGGGAUGCUAGUAGCCACGAAGAGAGGGAGAUCAUGAGGAUUGCGGCUUCUUCAGCAGAUAUCGGUCAAGAAAAGCCCGACGUAUAA